AUGGUCAAAUGUUUUUACUUUUUGUAAACAAACGUGGUUUAAAAAGGUUUUACUGAAAUAUGCAUAAUGAAAAUACAUCUGGAAAUGAGGAAAAGGUAUCUAGAGAUGAUAACGGCGUUGCUACUCAAGAGAAUUCGACCGUAAAUGAAGAGUAUGCCUAUCUUGAUCGAGGCGGAUUUUCCUCCGAAAGAUUUAAAAUUGAACUCCGUGGACUACCAAAAUUUUAUGGAAUAGCGGAAUUGAAGAAGUUAAUGAACCAGAAGCUUGGACUGAGUACCAGUAAGAUAAAAAGGCCUAAGAAUGGUAGCCAUUGGCUGUAUGCUUGUUUUCAAAAUAAUGAAGACCGAACCAAGGCUAUUAAUGCCCUCAACGGAUAUGUGUGGAAAGGAAAGACAUUAAUUGCUGAAGAAGCAAAACCCGCUCCUGAUCCAUUGGUCAAGAGGAAACUGGAAGAAGAUAGCAAUGUACAGAGGAAGAAGAAAAAAGAGGAUGAAGGGAAAAGUCAAGAAGAAAGACUAAAAGAUGCUGUUAUACCAUUUUGGAAUGUGUCUUAUGAAGAACAGCUGAAGAGAAAAGAAAACGAAAUUAGAAAAACAUUGAUGCAUUAUGAAAAUGAGGUUUGGAAAGUUUUUAAAAAUAGGAGGAAAGAAAUUGAGGCUAAUCGUAAAAUUUAUAAUGGCCUUAGCUUUGAGCUGAAACUGAUACAGAAGUCACCAGUGACAGAAGGCUACAGGAAUAAGAGUGAGUUCACAGUUGGUAUUGAUGAGGAGACCCAGAAGCCGACUGUGGGAUUCCGGUUAGGUAGCUACGUCACGGGCACUGUUGGAGUAGCACCCAUACACAUGUUGAAACACAUUCCUGAGGAGACCAAAAAAGCUGUCUCAAUUUUCCAAGACUUUGUACGUAGUUCGGACUUAGCACCCUACUCUCCAGCCGACUACACAGGUUACUGGAGGUACUUGACUGUCAGACAGUCUACGUACAGCGGUGAACUUAUGGUAAUCGUGUCUAUGUACCCACAGGAACUGUCUUCAGAAGAAUUGGAGAAAUUAAAAACGCAAUUGAUAGAAUGCUUCAGUACUGAAGACUCCAAAGCCUGUGGAAUAAGAUCCUUGUAUUUUCAUCUGCUAACAAAAAAGAGGGUAGGCGACGAGGAUUCCAAAGCAACACACCUGAUGGGCCCAACGCAUAUCACUGACUCCAUACUGGGGCUCAAGUUUAGGAUAUCUCCUGAAGCAUUCUUCCAAAUAAACACAGCGUGCGCGGAGCUGUUAUACUCGAGCGCUAUAGAACUCAGCCGCGCGACCGCCGAUUCCACAGUGCUCGAUAUCUGCUGCGGCACUGGCACUAUUGGACUGUGCUUCGCUAAGCACGUGAACAAAGUACUCGGCCUAGAGAUUAUCCCCGAAGCGGUGAAGGACGCCAAAGCCAACGCCGCUGAGAACGGUGUGACCAACUGCGACUUCUUCACCGGUAAAGCGGAGGACAUACUGCCGUCGGUGCUCGCCAGGGCAACAGGGGACGACAUCAUCGCUAUUGUAGACCCGCCGAGAGCGGGGCUGCAUAUGCGUGCGAUCACGACGCUCCGUAACGCCGUGUCGGUACGUCGCAUCGUGUACGUGUCGUGUCACGCGGCGGCCGCGACCCGCAACCUGACGGACCUGGCGCGGCCCGCCACCAAGACCCUCCGCGGCCCGCCGUUCCGACCCGCCGUCGCGCUGCCCCUCGACAUGUUCCCGCACACGCCGCACCUCGAGUUGGUGUUGUUGCUGGAGCGCGAGGCUCCUGCUGUACAGGAGAAGAAGAGUGAUGAUUCAGAAAAGAUGGAGUCUUCAACCAUUGAAACGGAAAACGAAACUGAACCAGAGAAUAAGGAAGAAAGUGUACAGUAACCGAGCACUAUGUAAAUAUAUUUUUAAAAUAUA